ACGCCUCAACCGGAAGUGACGGACGCCUCUCUGAGAAAUACAACAAGGAAGUGACCGUUUAUUGUGAAGGAAAAAAAGAACCAGCGGAUUAAACCGUCUCCACGCAUCUGGGGCAUUUCUUCGCUUCAUGGUCGGGCGCCAGGAGGGCUGAAGUCACCGUGGACUCUCCCGGGGAGCCCGUCUCAGGUCACGAAAGGGGUUCCGCUCCCAGCCAGCUCGGUAGCUAGCGAUGAACACGGACGUGGAAUUUCACAUCAGGCAGAAUUAUCCGUGGAACAAGCUGCCAGCUAAUGUCAAGCAGAGUUUGGGGAACUCACAGCGCGAGUAUGAGAAGCACGUGCUGCUCUACAGCAUCCGCAACCAGCUGCGAUUCCGCAAUAACCUAGUCCGCCACGUCAGGAAGGACGAGCGGCGGUACUACGAGGAGCUGCUGAAGUACAGCCGGGAGCACCUGAUGCUGUACCCCUACCACCUGUCUGACAUCAUGGUCAAAGGGCUGCGGGUCACCCCGUUCUCCUACUACAUCGGAAUCAUGGAGGAUAUUAUGAACAGUGAGAAGAGCUACGACUCCUUGCCCAACUUCACUGCUGCUGACUGUCUGAGGCUUCUUGGCAUUGGGAGAAACCAGUACAUUGACCUCAUGAACCAGUGCAGGUCCUCCAAAAAAUUCUUUCGGCGGAAAUCGGCGCGCGAUCUGCUUCCAUCCAAACCGGUGGACAUUUCUGUGGAGCCGUGGUGGGUGGCUCAGACGGGCUACAUCACCGAGGACGACAUAAGGAUCUGCUCUUCAGCGGAGAAGAAAGCCAUUGACAAGAUGAUCGAUUCUGGCCCUCAGCUGGCGGGAACAAUAGAGUUUAAUGUGGUCCUAAGUUUAUAUAACCGGGGCUUUAUUUACCUGGACGUUCCCAUAUCGGAUGAUAGCUGCAUCUCAGUGCCACCUCUCGAAGGCUUUGUCAUGAACCGUGUGCAGGGCGAUUACUUUGAAACGCUCCUCUAUAAGAUCUUUGUGUCCAUCGACGAGCAGACAAACGUGGCCGAGCUGGCCAAUGUGUUGGAGAUCGACCAGGAUUUAGUGAAGAACGCAGUUUCCAUGUACUGUCGCCUCGGCUUUGCGGUGAAGAAAGGUCAGGUGUUCAGCUCCGAGCAGCUUCACCCCAGCUGGAAGAACGCCCCGUCUGUGAACAGACUCAAGAGCACCAUGGACCCCCAAAAGAUGCUGCUGUCUUGGGAACAGGGCAGUCCGGUCAUGGAGGGCGGCUCCUCGGCCACAGAUACAGACACCACAAGUCUGGAAGACCAAGCAGGGGACACGGGCAGCGUUAGCAGCCUGAGCAUCCCAGCAGCUCCCACUAAGAGGAUCGCCUUCCUCUUUGACUCCACGCUCACAGCCUUCCUCAUGAUGGGCAACCUGUCUCCGAAUUUGAAGAGCCACGCGGUGACCAUGUUUGAGGUGGGGAAGCUGUCCGAUGAGACUCUUGAUAGCUUCCUGGCUGAGUUAGAGAAGGUGGAGAGCACAGCAGAGGGCGAGGCUCAGCGUUACUUUGACCAUGCGCUCACCCUUAAAAACACCAUCCUCUUCCUGCGCUACAACAAAGAACUCACUCAGGAUCAAGGACCUGAUAUUCCAAAUAUAGGUUUCCCUUUGGACAUGCUGCGCUGCGAGAGCCUGCUGGGUCUGGACCAGGCCACCUGCAGCCGCGUCCUGAACAAAAACUACAAGCUGCUGGUCUCAAUGGCGCCGCUCAGCAACGAGAUCAGACCCAUCAGCAGCUGCACACCUCAGCACAUUGGCCCAGCCAUCCCCGAGGUGAGCUCCAUCUGGUUCAAGCUGUACGUGUACCAUGUGACGGGCCAAGGCCCGCCGUCGCUGCUGCUCUCCAAGGGCUCCAGGCUCAGAAAGCUGCCGGACAUUUUCCAGGCCUACGACAGGCUGCUGAUAACCUCCUGGGGCCACGACCCCGGCGUCGUCCCUACAUCCAACGUUCUGACGAUGCUGAACGACGCUCUCACGCACUCCGCGGUUCUAAUCCAGGGUUAUGGCAUGCAUGGUCAUGGAGAAACCGUUCAUAUCCCGUUCCCUUUUGACGAGGAGGAUCUGAAGGGAGAGUUCUCCUACUCCAACAUGUGUGUGCACAAAGCGCUUCAGAAGCUGAAGGAGCACGUGGAUCUGGAGCACCAGUGCGGCUACAUCACCAUGCUGAACGCCAACAACAGGCACCGUCGCAGGACCAGCGACAGCGUCGAGUGCAGAGGAGAAACCCAUCUAGGCGGAGGCCUGGACACCAACGGCAGCACCGAGUCGUUUGAGCUUGUGACCGAAGAGAACGGCGAGGGCAAAGGAAAGACGGACGCUCUUUCAUCUGAAGACGAGUGGGUCCCUCUUGAACUGUGCUUUGGCAUGCCCCUCUUCAGCUCGGAGCUCAACCGCAGAGUGUGUCGAAAGAUUGCCUCACACAAGCUCUGCAGCAAUGAGAGCCUUCAGGAGCUGCUUCACUCGAGCCGAAAGCUAUCACUCAAAGUGCUGAGCUUUGUUCAUUCGUUCCAGGACGGCGGCCAGCCGCCCGAGCCGGACAGCGGCGUGUCGAACCCUCUCAGCCAGCCUCCGGCUGAGUCCGGCGUCCCGCUGCCGUCCCUCAACCUCCUCUUCAAGGACGGGCAGCUGAAGGAGUGGAGCGGCCGGGCCCCUCCCCCGCUGGACAUCUCGUCUCUGCAGAAGGACCAACCCUCAUAAACCAGGCACGGUUUGUCCACGAGGACAUUACUUCUCAGUGAAAAAAAUGGACCACCCCGUGUUCUCGUCUUUUCUUUGCAACCUCACGUCUCACCGGGGACGCCCGUGUAUAGCGGGUCCCGCCCUGCGUCUUCGCACCCGCUCACUAGGAAAUGCCCUCGGCAUUCUUGCGCAUCAGUAUCCACUAAAGGAAAAUGAAACCCCGUCAGCUCUUUAUCGUUUAUCUCCUGUAGGAGGACGCAUCCGUCAUCAACACUAGUACCCGCCUCCUUUUGUUGUGGUUUCCCCCACGUGAUUCCUUGUGUCCCUUAGAAGGCAGUGCUAUCCGUUGGAGUGGUGCUAUAAUCCCAACAUAUAACUGUGAUGCGGGUGAACGGCCUGAAACCUGGAAAAACCGGUUGCUUUGUUUACCCCUGACUCCCUCGCUCCCAUCCUCCAGUUAGUGCCAGUUCUGUUUCUUAAAGGUAGAGUGAAAAGUGACCCCCCCCCCGUGAAAGCCAGACUUCUUCAGCAGCCAUUUUUACAAUAUGCAUAACCGUAGGACCAACGUUUGGUUGAAUCCAAGCCCCUCCUUGUUUUGUCUCACCCGCAGUGAUCCAAUGCAUGAUACUGUCGCACAACUAAAAAAAAGAAGAAAAGAAAAACAAAAAAAGAAGAAGAAAUUCCUUCCCUGUUUAUUUGUAAUCAGUACUGGGGAAAACGUGUUAAUUGCACUGUGCAGGAUUUGUUCAAACCUGUGGAUAAAUAAAUGUCAUGUUCUAUUUCUUCUUUUUAAACGUAGGAUCGGUUGUAGUGCACAUUAACGUUUUUAGAGCUCUUGUUUACGAUAAGGAAGUGUUUACUCAUGAAGACAUAAACGUGUUAAGAACUGACUGGGCAUUUGAGGAACUUCUAUUUUUAUUUGUUCUGUUUUUUUGGUUUGUUUUUUAUAAUCGAGAGCACCAAAGACAUUCUUCUCUUUUUCUUCUGAUUUUUUUCUUUUUAUCAUUUGCUGCCUUUGUUAUAAUCAGCCAAUCAAUAUAGAGCUCACACCUGGGAUCAAGAUUGCUUAUUUGCUUUACUUUACAAUGUCUCUUUUAGUAAGUUUUAGCAAGUUUUACAGGAUUUCUGUGUUUGUUUGUUUUUUUUCUUCUGAAUUCUUGCACCUAACACGAUUAUGACCGCAGGAUAACAAACAUCCUACCACCCCUGUGGGAGCUGCCAUCGCUGCGUAUCACUCCGAUGGGAGCAGCGAUGGCUCCAGAUGCAUCUCAAUAAACUAGAAUGUCAUCUAAAAGCUCAUUUACUUUAGUAAUUCAGUUUAAAAAAAGAGAAACUCAGCAUUCAUUGCACACAGACCAUAUUUCAACCAAUUAUUUUUAAUUUGAUUUCUGAUGAGGAAGAAAACAUAGCUUUUCUCAGGAAAUUAGAGUAUUACAUAAAACUAAUAAGAAAAAAAAAAGUUGUUUGAUGCAGAAAAGUUCCAGUCUACACAGUGAUGGAGCUCAUUCGGGCUCUCCACGAUGACGGUAAACGACCAAGGGCCACCGCUAAAGAGGCUGGCUGUUCAGAGCGCGGUAUCCAAGCACAUUAAUUGCAAUCUGAGCAGCAGGAAUAAGUUCAGUAAAAAGAAAUGUGCCCGGAUGACGACAGCCUUGAGAGGACCAUUACCCUUUGUUGAAAACUAGGUAGAGAUGACAAUUUCAUUUACCAGCAGGACUUGGCGCCUUUCCUCUCUGCCCAUGCUACCAAUACCUGGUUUAAUGAUGAUGGCAUCACUCUGCUCUAUUGGCCAGCAAACUAGCCUGAACUGAAAACCCUAGGCCUAUUGUCAAGAUGAAAAUGAUGCAACAAAACCAAAUAAUGCAAAUGAGCCGACUAUGCCAGUGCGACCAAAGCAUUCCUUCCUAUCCAUAAAUUACGCCAGCAAGGCGGCCUGGCAUGGAGGCGAUCAGCCCGGGCUGCUUUAACGGCGGCCUUUAACCUCUCUGCUACGUUUGUUCUGGUGUCUGAAAAAUGACGCGAGUCAGAUUAAGAUAUUAUAGUUAAACUGACUUAAAACUGGAUAAAAAAAAGACAGUGGGCUAACACCCUUUUUUUCUAUCGUUCUUUUUUCUUCCACUAAACUUUCCUUAAUAGGAGCGUUAGCCUAAUGUAAAUAGGUCACGCGUUUAUGUGUUCUAAUUUUCUGAGAAACUUAAUUUUUGGUUUUCAUUCACUUUAAGAUGAACAAAAUGGCCGAACUAAAUGCUUGACAUACAGUAUGUCACUCUUUUUAACUGAAUUGCUCAAUUAAAUUUGAUAUUCACAUUUUGUUUAGAUCUACCUGUAAAUCUGCUGAAUUUUAUUUUAAUUGUAUUUCUUUUUUUUAGCCCACUGCACCUUCCUUCCCCUCUCUCUCUCUCUCUCUCUCUCUCUCUCUCUCUCUCUGGAUGGUGUGUGGUUCUCUGCUCUCUCUGCCAGCCUGUCGCACUCUCUGAGGGAUUCUGUUUACAUCGUCUCUAGAUGGCAAAGGAAAAAAAAAUGGGGCUUGUAAUCUAGAGAGAAGGCGACUUCUUUUUUUUUUUUUUUUUUUUUUUUUUUCCUGCAUAAGUGAGACCCUGGGGGUCGAAAAUGGAAAUGCUAAUGCCUUGCCCCGCCGUGAGUUGGCUCAGUUGCGCGUCUGAAUUUCCUCGUUCUGAAUUCUUUGUGCAUUCCUUUUCCCUUCCUGUGUUUGAAAACGUGGAAAACUCGUUACGCCGAGUUUCUUUUUUUUACGGAAUCUCCCCUCUGCAAUUUUUUGACCCACUUGUGGAAGUUAGAAAUAGGAAAAAAAAAAAAAAACGGACUGGAAAUGGUCCUGCUGAAGCAUGAUAACUGUGUAGAAACUGUUGUGUGUAUGUUGUGUAUGCGUGUGUACUGUACACAUCACCUCAAAUCUUUACCAGUAACAACCCCCCCCCCCCCCCCCCCCUUCCCCACCACCCACUUAUCUACAGGCCAUGGCUGCUUGUUACAGAUGUUCAUUUUCAAUCCGUUAUACAUCAACCAUAGGUGUUUAAAAUGAUAGUUUUAUAUGUCGGCUGAAACUUUAGGAAAAUAAACUUUGUUGUAGCCUGUUUAUUGGGAGUGUGAAUAUCAUUGACUUAAAAAGUAAACACCCUUUUGAAUAAGUGGGUUUUAAAAAAAAAUAAAUAAAAAGAGAGAGAAAAUGACAUUCCUUCACUACGCUCUGCCUACAUCCUCUUCUCCAGAUACAUAUGAUCACAAAUAUGUAAAAAGUAUAUGAGAAUAUAAAUAAAUCUAUAAUAAGAGUGAGUUUUUCCUCCUUAAAAA